GGAAGUAAGGAACCGGUGUGAACUUUUGCACCUCGAUAUCUUUCCGUAUAGGAGGGGAUCCAGACUCCAUAGAGCCCUAGUUCCGCAGUUGCGAAUUCCUCUUCACAUCUUUUUGGAAAACGAAAAAACCAUCAAAAACUUUCAGACUGAAUGAUCCAACAAUCGACAGCGGAGAAAACAGAGAAGUAAAGAUUCCAAUGUCUGGACGAGAAGGUCGUGAAUCAGAUACCAAGCGGAGUUCCCAUCUCGAAAGAGAAUCAAGCUCCAAGAGAUCAAGGAGAGAUGGCAAGCCAGCAACAGAGAGAACGUCUUCUCAUAACUUGGAUGGUGAGGAACGUUUAGAUCAGGAUAAAAAGAGUCGCCGUGGGUUAAAGGAUGCUUUACCUCUUGAGACUACACUUGUGCCUGAUUCGAAGAUUGAACCUGAUAAUGUGAACAAAGAGUUGAGCAAGAGUGCUGAUGGAAAGGAUGGUGCCAAACAUUCUUCUGGGGCUACUGAGAUCCCUCGAUCUGGGUCAUUUUUUGAGCACGAUGAACGUGGUAGUGCGGCACAAGGUGGCCGAAGCUUUGGUCGCAGAGAUAGUACUGAUUAUGGACAUGUGAGCAACCAGAAGGAUAGGUCAAGUGAUAGGAAUGGAAGAGACAGGAGGACUGUACACAAUUCGACACAAAGAGGUGACAGGGCCCAAGGUCGGGGAGAUGAUAAAGUUUGGCGUCACGACGGAUACCUAGAAUUGGAGUCAGAUAAACCAACCCCCGCAAGGAAAAGGCCAGCAUUCCGGGAGAAGAAAAUGGAACCAGAACCCAGCAAUGCUGUUGGUAGAACAGCAACUACAGAGUCUGCUAGGGCUGAUCGACGACCUCCAUCUGGAAAUUCAAGAAGGGAUGAAAGAGGAGACCGCUCUUACCGUGAAUUGGACAGAUCUGAGAGACCAUUCACUUUAGACCGAGCUGUACCACAUAAUAGGACUGGGUUUCCUUCUAGAGAGCGAGAAAGGUAUGGUGGCAGCAGAGGUGGAUAUAGGGGAAGAGAUGGAUUUAAUGAAAGGCACGAGGAAAGGAAUGAGUAUCGUAGUCGGCCGACCAGUUUUAGAUCAGAGAAGUGGAAGCAUGAUCUGUAUGACGAGGCUAACAAAAGUCCAGCUCAGAAGAAUGAGGAGGAUCAGAUUGCAAAGGUUGAAGCUCUCUUGGCUUCGUAACAAAUUAUAAUUUCAUUCUCUUCGAUGUUAUCUAACUUCAUGUUUUAGAUAUCUUGAAGACAAAGGUGAAAGCACACAAAGAAAAUUCAAAAAUCCGCAUGGAGUUUGGUGAAGUGAAAGAACAACCACAAUCCACAAAAGACAAUAUUAGAGAUAACACCAAUUAAGCCAAGCCGUAAAGACAUGCAUUAUAUCAUGGUAUAUCGAGCUCUAAAGGGUCCUCGUAUCCUUAAAGUAUUAUGUAAUUGUUGAAGUUGUAAUGUCUAAGAAGAAACUUCGAAAGCGAGCAAACAAUAUCGGCAUUUACAACCUUGAGGACAAGGUUGCUUAUAUGGGCGAUGGAAUGUUAUGUGCCUAUUAUGUGUGUGCUUGGAUAAGCAUUUGUAGUUAUCUUGUAGUUAUGGAAUUUGGUAAUUAUCUAAGCAGUUUCUUCUAGGAUGCUAUAUAUGUGUGUGAUGAUGAUGUAAUAAUAAAGUUAUGAAUUGAAUUAUGAAAGUUUGAGAGUUCUUCU